CGCAGUACACUUUUUGCCGCGGCGGAGGAAGCAUCUCGGCUCGCGCGCACUUCUUUCUUAUAUACGUGUAUUUUCUCUCGUGCGCGCGAGCGGCCGCACACUGCACAGUGGUGGCUCUGUGUGUGCUGCAGGCUGCUGCACAGGCACGCAAGUUCUAGCCGCACAUGUACUAUAUAGGUAUAGGGGGCCCAGCUGCGGCCCAUGUGUGAGUAGUCAGUAGACUGUGUAGACGGCGAGAUCAGUCAUCAGUGCGCAGUUUUCGGGCCUUCGGGAUCUUCGGGAUCUUCGGGAUCGAACAUCAGGCUGUCCACCGAGGAGAGUCGGUAUGCCGCGGCGAUGCGCUAUAAGCGACGCGGCCUGAGCAGCGCCGUCCUGGGCCUCGGCGGAGGUCUGCUGCUCGGAUUGUUGUUGCUCGGCGCCCAGCGAGAGCCGCGUCGAGCAGCCCCCUCGGCGGCUUCCGCGGCGGCACCGACCAGUCUUCGGGGAGGCCCACGGCAGGCUGCCGAGGGGCUCGCUUCGCCGAAGAACGCCAGCGGCCAAGGCCUCCUCUACGUCGGGGUGAUGACGGCGAGGAAGUACCUGGGCACGAGGGCCAAGGCAGUCUACGAGAGCUGGGGCAGCGAGGUGCCGGGUCAGAUCGGCUUCUACUCGUCCGAGGGCUCGCGGCCGCCGGAGGAGAGGCCGGACCUCCCGCUCCUGGCGCUACCCCGCGUCGACGACAGCUACCCGCCGCAGAAGAAGUCCUUCCUGAUGCUGCAGCACAUGUGGACGGCCUACGGAGAGAGAUUCGAGUGGUUUCUCCGGGCGGACGACGACCUCUACGUCAGGAUGGACAGGCUGGAGAAGCUUCUGAGAAGCGUCGACUCCAGGAAGCCCGAGUACAUCGGCCAAGCGGGCAGAGGCAACUCCGAGGAGUUCGGCCUGCUGUCGCUCGAGUACGACGAGAACUUCUGCAUGGGAGGACCCGGGGUCAUCUUCUCGAGGGAGACCCUGCGCAGAAUCGUGCCCCACAUCAAGCACUGCCUGGCGAACCUCUACACGACCCACGAGGACGUCGAGCUCGGCAGAUGCGUGAGGAAGUUCGCCGGUAUAUCCUGCACGUGGAGUUACGAGAUGCAGUCGAUCCUGUAUCACAACAGCAGCGGCGACCUGGCCUUCACCGGCAAACUCAAAAGCAAGGAGGUCCAUCGAGCCAUCAGCAUGCACCCGGUCAAGAGCCCGCCGCACAUGUAUCGUCUGCACAACUACAUGCGGGGUCUGAAAGUCCAAGAGCUGCAGCAGAAGAGGAUCGAAUUGCAGCGGGACAUGGAAAGGAUGCGGGAUCUGGCAAAGGGCCUGACGACCGUUGGCUCGGAUUCGCCGAGAACGUCAGGUUCCCGAUCGAGCCACUGGGAUUUCGUCUCGCGCUCUGAAUACAGCCUGGGUGACUCGAAUCCUCGACGCCGUUUACACGCCGAUUUGAAAGAAGGCCUGGAAGACGUCACUCGGGAGGUGAUGGCAUCGAUCAACGCCUGUUCUCGGCAACGUGGCCGGUUUGUCGAGGAACGACAGGCCCUUUACGGCUAUCGCAGACUGACACCCCUCGGAGCGGAUACCGUACUCGAUCUCCUGCUGCUCUACAAAAAGUACCGCGGCAGAAAAGUUACGCUGCCGGUCAGGAGGCAUCUGUAUCUCCAUCAGCCUUUUACCGGUCUGGAGUCGCGCGAGGUGCAGACGACCAAUGCAGACGUGUCCACCAUCUAUUUAGUCGUACCAGUGUCCGGUCGUCAGAAGGCCCUGCGCCGAUUUCUCGCCAAUUACGAGCGGCUCUGCCUCUCGGUUGGCCAGCGGACUGAACUACUGGUGAUCCUAUACCCGAGCCACGAGGACGACGCGUCGAUUAUGAAGUCGAUAGAGCGGCUCGACCGAAACAAGGUUCGCCUUGUCCAAGGAACUGGAAAGUUUUCUCGAGCUCGGGCACUCGAUCAGGGCGCCGCGCUUCUGAAUGACGAUGAUCUCAUGUUCUUUGUUGACGUGGACAUUAGUUUUGACGUCGAAGCCCUGGCCAGAAUUAGAAGGAAUACCAUUAGAUCAAAGAGGAUUUAUUUCCCAGUGGUUUUCAGUCAGUACGACCCCAGGAUAGUGUAUGGAACGAGGGGCCCGCCGGAGACGCCAGACAUUAGUCCGCUCAGUGGAUUCUGGCGACUUUUCGGUUUUGGAAUCGUUGCAAUGUACAAAAGUGACUACGAAGCCAUUGGUAGGUUCGACCUGACAAUCGAAGGCUGGGGAAAAGAAGAUGUCGACCUAUUCGAGAAGGCCGUCAAGUCGAGUCUACAGGUGUUCAGGGCUCCGGAUUUGGGACUAGUGCACGUGUAUCAUGGGGUCAGCUGUGACAAGUCUCUCAAAGAGCAUCAGUUCGCAAUGUGUAAGGGCACCAAGGCCGACACCUACGCCAGCACCGAGCAGUUAGCCAGCCUGAUCUACCGCAACCCGGAAUACCUGGACUUCGCGAGGAAAACCAGAGCUAUGGCUAACACGUCGAGUCCCGCAGCUUAAUGCAAACUUUGAUCAUUUUGUCUCACUGUGCAAUUUAUUUGUUAUACGUAUAAGGUAUUGAAUUUGGUUUUUUGCAGCAAACUGUCAACUGAACUGUUAUGUUGUCGACUGAUGAAUUGUACAUUAUGUGUAGGUGAUGCGUCCAGAGACUUUUAAGACGCGUUGCAAAUUAAAUGUGAUAUUGCUGUGCCUUUUUUCAAGCAUACGACAGAAUUAUUUUAUAAAGAAUUUCCUAUAUGCCACGAAAAUAUUGAUGCAUUUUCAAUCUGUUUAUAGACUGCAGCUGCUAUGCUCUAAUUGUAAUAAAACCUUUUAUUUAUUUAUUUUCCCAGCCCGAUGUGAAUAAUAAGAGAAUAGUACACAUGAUUGCUUAA